AUGUCGCUCCUUAACAACCAAGACUUCACCAUCUACCAGCUACGUGCAGGCUACCUCCAACACAUCAAAGACGGCGUCGGCGAGCGUCUCAUCACUCUCAACACCAAUGUCUUGAACAACCCUGCCUUUCGUGCUGCUGGCUGGCAAGCAAAUCCUCAGGACAUCAAACGCACAUACUCGCCUCCCAUCCCUACCGCAAUCGCUUCCGAAUACUUCCAAGCCCCACAACGAUCCGCUGCACCUGCCUACGCUUUGCACGAUGACGAUGAAGAAGGAGGGAUGGUCACUGGUCAGGGCAGUCAAGAUACCAUUGCUGUCAACACCCACAACAAGAGACGUCGGCGGAAAGAGCAGUUGGAAGAGGAUGACAGCAGCGAUCUGAGUGACGACAGCGAUGAAGAUGAUGACAAGAGCGCCAUCUCUCAGAUCAAGUUCAGCAAGAUGCCUGUUCGUCUCAGAGCAGGUUCCUCUCCGACACACAAAACAAGAGAUGGAGAUGACGUGCCUAUACCUAUUGCUUCGCCGGAUAAAAUCAAUGGCCAGGAAACUGCACGACACGCCUCGCUUCCUUCUGUCUCCUUCAUCAAGCAACGUCCUAGAAGAGAUACCGCCACAAGCAGCGAGUUCUCUUCUGAAAACGAGACAGAUCCAGUCACGUUCCGCAAACAAAGGGUCCAAAACCGCGCCGUCAAACAUGGUCAGAUGAUGCAAGACCGUAUCCAGGAAGAAGGAGAAGACGUCGAGUCUGACAUUGAUCUUGGCGAGGCAUCUGACAUUUCCGACGACUUUGCUGGCACUGCUGGCUCCGAGUCUCUGCUGGGCAUGGGUGCUCCUUUGAUCACUGUAGACACUCUCGAGUCAACGCCGGGCAACGUGCCUAGCAUGCCCCCUGCUAUUACACCGCAUACUUCGGCCUCGCCCAAACGUCUGAAGCAGAUGGCUCCUCCUCCAGAUCUGCCCAGGCUUCCUGCAGGCCGUCCUAUCAGCUACGUUCAGCCUGUCAGUCUUUUGUCAAAAGCCUUGAAACACACGUCACAAAAGGGUGAGAAUCCUUUACAGCAAUUUGCUCAACUGUCUGGUAAAGGCGAAUCGACUCCGUUAUGGAUCAAGAUAUAUGCCCCCUUCUCAAAGAAAGCUUCAACUCCUAUCCAAGUGCCUAUUCGCAAAAAUGCAAAGGAAGGUGUUCCGACUAUUGUUGCCGAGCUCAUCGGUCUUAGUCUGUGGCGAUAUGCCGAGGAAAAGAUUGAGCCGCCACUAGAAGGCAAUGACUUGAAUGUAAAUCGCUGGACUUUACGGAUGGUCGAAGAUGAAGAGGUUGACUACGACUUCCCGGCCUUGACCCGUACGAAACCUCUUGGAGACUUCACUUCGAACAACAACCGGCCGCCUCGAGCCCGAGCAAGAGAUAAGCCUUGGGACGAGUUUGGUCUCGUGAGAGCGACUGAGGAGCAAUACAGGGAGAACGAAGAGCUCACCCCUCAGUUCAGUGAACCAUCUGGUCUGGCUCCUUCUAGCACACCUAUACCAGAUACUUCUCGCACAGCGACGCCGCAACCUCCCAAUAUGCAGAGAACUUUGUCUGACGCACCGACCUUGGCGCCUCCUGCAGCACCGACAUAUAUUCCCAAUGUCAAUCCUAUCACGCCAUCAUUUGCCCCAAUGGCCAGGAAGAAUUCGACCAUUCCCUUGAUGGACGCGCCGGCAGCCCCAGCACCACGUUCCACACCGAGAACAGGUUCUUCCAAGACGGUCACGAUACACUACACAGAUCCACACUCGUUCCAGACGACGUUGCUUCCUAUACCAACCACUUCUGAUACCUAUCUAGCUGAGCUGUUCACGACUGCUUGUCAAAGGCUCAACAUCGAUAAGGCUUUAUAUGUUCUCAAGGUUCGUGGCACUCAGACCGUUGCACCAGAGGAUCGUACAGUAGAAGCCUUGGGUCANAGGUUGGCGCUCGACCUUGUACGACGACGCUUCGUUGGUGUUGGCGACGGUCGUGGCAUGGUCAGCGCUGUAGGCAGUCCUGGCAGUGAAAGUCCGAAUGCACCAUUGCUGCUCGAGACCGCAACGAACACAAAGGCCAAGACAAGGAAGCCUUUCAUGGGCUUGCAAAGUGCCAAGUCAACCAACGAUAUCAAUGCAACUGCACUCUGGGGUCUCGCUGGCGGAGCUGGAAAGCGUUACCUUGUCAUACGUCGUCAACCCCUGUCCUUUGCACCCUCGCAUCCACGCAUCUUGGCACUUGAUGCAGAGUUCAUGCAUGUCAUGCCCGCUUCGUCUACAGACCCUCUCAAUGCCAAUGCAGAUCCAGCGAUGGCACCUCCCGGCGGCAAAACAACAAGCGUGCAUCUCAGCAGUGUAGUUGGCUGCAAAGUCAGUAGAAAGCACCCCAAAGUUGUGCGGGUGCUGGUCUAUCGUGAGAAGGAGACAAAGCGAUACGACUUCGAGGCUUCAACAAGAGAUGAGGCACAAGAAAUCGCGACCGAGAUCAACAAAGGUAUGAUGAGGUUCCGCGAUGAGGAGGAGUGA